AUGAUUGUGUCUGAUGCACUAGGACAACAUAUCGUACCAGAAAUUCAAACAUUGCCACAAUUACACUCAAUUUAUGUUUUCUGUGACAAUCAAUCGAUUCAUCAACAAUGGACCAAAACAAUACCUAAAGUAAAAGGUGUAUACACUCAAAUUGAACCAAUUUGUGAAGCAUUAAAAAUCGAUCGAAGAAAUUAUGAUCGAAAUAUGAUCUCGAUCAGUUUUAAUCGUAUUGAUCCGUUAUUUAUGUAUACACAAUUGUUAAAAGAAGCACUUUUAGAAAUCGAAGAUGAUGAUGCAAAAUCUAUUAAGGAACUCGUUGAAUACUGUCGUCUUCACAGUGAUGCUUCUGAAGUAACACUCGAAAAGAUCGAACGAGAAUAUCAUAAUCAUACACCCAUUUGGUGGUACACUGGUCCAUAUUUUAUCUACUCAAUGCUUAAUCAUGGUCUUCGACAAAUGGAUGUCGAUAUUAUACUUAAAAUGGGCUUUUUUAUUCGUCAUCUACAUCAACAUAUUACAGACUUACAUCGUGAACAGCAAAACAGCAAAGCAGCCAUGCCAUCGAAAUUUCAAGUUUUUCGUGGUCAAGGCUUAUCCAUGGAAGCCUUUGAAAAAGUGAAGAAAACGAAAGGUGAACUUAUGUCGUUUAAUAAUUUUUUGUCGACAAGUCGUAAUCGUGAGAUUUCUUUCGAAAACUUUGCACGACUGGCAGCAUUCGAUGCAAAUACAGUUGGCAUUCUCUUCGUUAUGAACAUCGAUACGGCUAUUUGCACAUCAUCAUCAACACCUUUCGUCAACGUCAAAGAUAUUGGCUUCUUCGACGAUAAAGAAGAAGAAAUUCUUUUUUCGACACAUACAAUUUUUCGCAUCGAUCGUAUAGAACAUAUUGAAGAUAAGCAUACAGAUCGUCUCUGGCAAGUCGAUCUCACCCUUGCUGGUAAUCAAGACGAUGAUUUUAGCAAACUUACAGCACAUUUACGCAAAGAGCUAGAUUUUGUGGGAACAGGACGGUCUCGACUGGGUUUUAUUCUUAUUAAGUUGGGUGAGCCUGCAGAAGCAGAACAUCUGUAUCAGCUACUCCUUGAGAAGGCAUCUUCUGACGGAGACAAAGCGCACUAUAAUGGUCAACUUGGCUCGGUGUAUAGAAGCAUAGGAGAAUACUCGAAAGCAAUAACAUUUUACGAAAGAGCAAUCAAUAUCUACAAGAAAAUGGGUCCUUCGAAUCAGGUCAACUUGGCUACUUCCUACAACAACAUCGGUUCGGUGUAUUAUAACAUGGGCGAGUACUCGAAAGCACUUUCAUGGCACGAACGAUCACUUGAAAUCUUCAAAAUAGCUCUUCCUCCUAAUCAUCCCGACUUCGCUCAAUUCUACCUCAACAUCGGUUCAGUGUAUGCUAAGAUGGGCGAGUACUCGAAAGCACUUUCAUCGUACGAACGGUCACUUGAAAUCCAAAAAAUAGCUCUCCCUCCGAAUCAUCCCGA